AAUCGCCAUGUGAGAUCAAAUUUCGCGGUCAAGUGGCGUCGCGACGCCGGAAGUUUGGCGGAGAAAGCGGUGCAGUGGCGUGACAUCUCCCGUACAAUUCGCUCGCUGUCCGCCUGUUUCGUCGUCAGCCAAAGCGCGAUUCGGAAUAGCAAGUAGAUACAUAAAAUGGCGAAUUACAGUUGUUAUUUACUCGUGCGGAAUAUAACGAAGUAGAGGUAAAGAGCAGAAGGACCGAGACAUACGGCCGUUACUCACACGAUUGCUAGCGCGCCUGCACAGCACGGACGUAGGCGAUCGUUGUGUCGCGCAAAUACACUAGUGCAUCCUUCUACAGACAUGGUAUUGACGGAUCGAUCUAACUCACUGUAUUAGCAGCAAACCAGUCUUAAUCAUCAUUGGUUAGGAAAAGAUCAUCUUUGCAAACGUUUAAGUCUUGAAUAAUAUGGCACAAUAUUAUAAUCUUGUGGCCAAUGCCAGUGGUACAUUCUGCACUGUAGAUGGGCAACGGGUUCAGUUAGUUGUUGAAGAUGUUAAUAACGGCGGUAAUGGUUCACAACAGCUUGUGGCUUAUACAGCUGCACCACAAAACAACGAACAAGCAAUAUUUUCACCGCAAACUAUUAAUUUAGGGAAUCAAAUAUCUGCAACACGAUUGGAACAAGGACAAAAUGUUUAUAUAAUCAAAACAAAUAAUAUAAUCGGAACCCAGGAAAUAUUGAAGUCUAAUACUGUGAGUCCACUUGUAGUUAGUGAAAAUAUCCCGUCAUCGAACGCUGUCGAUAAUAUAGGUACUAAAACAGAAAGUAAAACUAACGAAGGAGGACAAAUACAAUGGAGAAAAUUACAAGAUGUUAAUACUACUACACCGACAAAACAAAAUACGUUACAAGAAAAGAAUCAGACUCCCAUCGUAUCUAAAAGUAUAGUUCAAAAUAACGUCGCAUCAAUAUCACCUAUAAAUUCGGCUUCUCUUAAAUCUGGUCUAACAGACAGUAAUAAAGUACUGAAACUUGUACAACAUAUAAAUCGAAAAUUUACAAACAGUGGACAAACUGCUGCAGCAUCUCAAACUCCAGAUGGAGUAAAUGUGAAAUUAACUACCAUGGAAAAUCGACUUCAAAAUUCGAAUGUUGCAAGUUCUAAAUCUGUGUCGUCCGUUUGUGGCAAACCUACCAAUCAAGUAGGACAGAAUGUAUCAAUAAGACCUAUUCGAGCUUCUAAUCCGAAUACAUCACACGUACGGCCUGUAGCUAUGGUACUACCCGAAAUGUCUAAGACUCCAUUAAGAGCACAAGGUCCAGAGAUGGUUCACUUGAAUGAACAGAUCAAGCAAGCCAAAUUGAAACAAAUGAUGCAAAAGCAAAAGUUGCAACAAAAUAAUGUACAACGACCACUCCCUGAUGCUUUGCAAACUUCUGUUCAAACUUCGCUAAAAAAUCCUGCUCGUAGUUCAAUAACUCCAAAUACUACGCAACCAAAAGCGCAGCAAGUUUUACCUAGUCCUCAAGGACAACAAAUGCAAAAGCCACUCAUGGCAACGCCUGCUUCUCGGACUGUACAUAAUACACACAGUGUUGCUCCAAUGGACGUCGACACUGCAGAAUGUGUGCAGGAAAAAAGGCAUCUAACGGGAAAGUCUCUUUCGCCGCCAAUAGAACAUGAUAACAGUUCGACCGAGAGUGUCGCUUAUCUCCAAAAGACGAUCAGUGAUCCUCAAAAUACUAUAGUUCAGCAUCAAAUUAACGGAAAUACAGCGAAAAUGUUAGUGAUGUUGGCUACUGGAGAGCAAAGAUUGAUUACAUUCGACAUACCGAAUGAGGACUGUACUGUACAUGACUUAUUGGAGCAGGUGAAAAUUACAUUUUCUCAUGAAACAUCUGUUUCUUUGGUAAAUGAUCCAACACUAGGUAUAAACUAUAUAGUUGAAGCUAGUUAUGAAUCAUAUGACGCAUCACACGUCAAUGAUCAUGAAGAAAAUAAUUCUACUAUAGAGGUUGUAAGUUCUACUACACUGGACUCUGAAAAUGUAUCCCAAAAUACGAAUGCUUCAGAUGAGAACAGUAAUCCAUCAUUACCACCUGAGGAACCUAUUUUGGUGAAGGGAAUGCUUGCCCUGUGCUCACACUGCGGCUAUAGUUCACUUAAUUUCAACCGAUGUGAACGAUGUAACACAAAAUUUCCUAAGAACAUCAAGUCGAUACCCAUAGAAGGAUGGAAGCAGACUGGGCUAUAUGUCGAUAUGUUCUACAAAAAGAACAACGAACGAAAUGUUACGAAAUUGGAGAGAAUAGAACGAGACGGUUCUACAUGCAAGCGCCUUAAGGGAAAAGGUAAAGCUUCCAAACCAAAGCCUGUUAAUAAAGAGCCAGAGUGUUUGACAAUAUCAUCUGAUGAAGAAGAAGAGGGUAAGACUAAAAAGACUGCUAUUAAUAGCAAUACUAUUCUCGGAAAUGCAUGCAAUGCUCUUGACGAAGAAGCAGACACCAUCUUGGACAAAGAACCUAUCAUUACAAACACUACUAUUUUUAACUCAUCGUGUUCCGACGGUGACAUGAAUAGUGAAGAAAGUAGAAUAUAUAACAAUCAGAAUUUUAUAGAUAACGAGCCACUACCACCCACUGCUCUACAGUGUCGAACUGUCAGAAUAGGAUCUUAUAAGUAUAUUCCACGAGAAAAGGUAGUAAUUUCUCAGAAUGGCGUAAGAUUUGGAGUACCAUUGUUAGAAGAUGGUGAAAAUUUUGUUACUUUGGAUGUGAAGUAUAAUGAAAUAAUUAAGGUGCUGAUUCAUUUUGGAAAAACAAUGCCGGUAUUAUUUUUUUAUACAUCUACGAAUACAGGAGCAAUGAUACGUGAAUUAUUGGGAAUGCAAGAUCCCAAGGGUCCAUAUUAUGAUCCCGCUGGAAAAGACCAUACUCAUAAGCGUAUAACAUUAUUGCCAGAGGAGCUAACGAGUGAUUCGAAGGUUAAGUUGAAAAAUAUAUUCCUACCUAGAGGGAAGAUGGAGGAAUUAAAUCCUAAAGAAGCAAAUGACAUUCUUCUACGAGCAUCACCUAAGGAUAAUCAACAGAUCACUAGUAUUAUGCGACGACAGAGUCAAAAUUCUCUGCUGAAUGUUACUACUGACAAUGGUAGCAUACAAACGAUAACUGUAUACCCACCACCACCUGCAAAAGGCGGCAUAGCCAUCAACACUGAAGAUUACUUGUGCCUCGGCGAAGAUCAGUUUUUAAACGAUGUGAUUAUAGACUUUUAUUUAAAGUAUUUGACUUUAGAGGUAUUGUCGGAAUCUGAUCAGCAUAGGACUCAUGUGUUCAGUUCAUAUUUUUAUAAACGUUUAACCAGCCCACAUGCUCAAGCUGCCGAGAAUACUUCACCAAUGACACCUGCCGCGAAGCGACACGCGAGAGUACAGAAAUGGACGAAGAAUGUUAAUAUAUUCGAAAAGGAUUUUGUUAUAAUUCCCAUCAACGAGCAUGCGCACUGGUUCUUAGCUAUCAUUUGUUUUCCUGGACUGGUCGGAAAAGUCGCCAUAUGCCCUCCGAAUAUCAGCGAAAAUGAUACACAUAAAAUUACGCAAAAGAAUAAAAAGCUGAAGGAAGUAAAAACGAAAGCUGUCACGAUUGGCUGUACAACAAUAACACCGGUACCUACGACUAUAACGAUAGAUCAAGCCGAUGAUGGAUCCGAGAGAGACGAAGCUGAAGGCGAUGACGAAGAAAUGGAAAUAGAAAGCGACGAAGAGGACGAAAUUGAACAGCCUGAACAAAGUAUAAUCCAACAAAUUAAAGUGGAACCGGAUAUUUCGCAGCAAGAAGAAACUGUUAAAGUUCCAUGUAUAUUGAUAUUCGAUUCGCUCGCUGGUGCCAGUAGAGCACGAGUAGUUGCCACUCUAAGAGACUAUUUAAGCUGUGAAUACCUUGCCAAACUUGGAGAAGAACAAACUUUUUCAAAAGAUACCAUUAAGGGCGCGUGUCCGAAAAUACCUCAACAAUCGAAUUUUACCGAUUGCGGUUUAUACGUGCUACAGUAUGUGGAAAGUUUCUUCAAGAAUCCAAUUGAAAAUUAUACUUUACCAAUUAAGAUCUUAAAAACAUGGUUCGAAGAAAUUGUCGUGACAAGGAAAAGGGAGGAGUUAUCGCAGUUACUGAUUAAGUUGAUGAACGCUACCAAAGGAGAUAGAACUAUCAAUCUGCCUAGCGUGAAUUUCCCUACGCAAGACGGCAAAUUGAAACCGAAGAGUGAAAAUCAGGUGGAUGUGAAGAUUACGAAGUCGGAAAAUGAGAAUAAGAGGAAAUCUACGACUGACGCAGACACACGUAUUAGCAUGUCGGUAGUGGCAGAAAGUACUGAAUCGAGUAAUGAAAUAGUUAAUAGAACUUUCCAGAUCAUUCCUUAUUCUCCGUCUAUAAGUUCUAAUUCGACUGACAGUAAUUCAACAGAAAUAUUGACCGAGCCGAAGACUACGAGAUCAUCAAGCGAAACGAUGUCUUAUCUUAAGUCUAAACGAAUUCCCAGGCUAAUGUCAAGAAUUCAGACUCCGGACGAUUCUCAAGCUGCUAAGAAGCACAAAGGGGAACCUUUUAAUUCCUGUAAAUAGAUGUUAUUUUCUUUUUCUACAGUGAUAAGAUUAAUGUUAAUCCGUAUAGACCUUGAAUUAAUUUACCAUGUAAUAGGAAAUGUAGUUGAUACUUCAUAAAGUGAAUAAAACUACAAACUUAAUUUCCUGAUUGUAUA